UUAAUGGCGCCUUCGUCUUUUGUUUGCACUGCUACUCGUUAAUUUAUAAUUUGUGAUUGUCCUUUUAUUGUGGCGGUGUCUCAAGAAAUUUCCAUACAAAUGAAGGCAUUCUGAAGUUUCCUUCAAUAUGCACAUCAAGCAGGUGAUUAUACAAGGAUUCAAGAGCUAUCGUGAGCAAACAAUCGUUGAGCCUUUUGAUAAGAGGCACAAUGUUGUGGUGGGAAGAAAUGGAUCCGGGAAGAGUAACUUUUUCUACGCCAUCCAAUUUGUUCUGAGCGAUGAGUUUACUCAUCUACGUCCGGAGCAGCGGCAGGCGCUGCUGCACGAGGGCACGGGAGCGCGAGUCAUGUCGGCGUACGUGGAGAUCAUCUUUGACAACACCGACAACCGCGUUCCGAUUGACAAGGAGGAGAUUUGCCUGAGACGCGUGAUUGGAGCCAAGAAGGAUCAGUAUUUCUUGAAUAAGAAAGUCGUGCCGCGCACAGAAGUGGUGAAUCUGCUGGAAUCGGCGGGAUUUUCCAAUUCAAAUCCCUACUACAUAGUGAAGCAGGGCAAGAUCAAUGAGAUGGCUACUGCGGCGGAUGCACAGAGAUUGAAAUUGCUGAGAGAAGUGGCCGGAACGCGAGUGUACGAUGAACGGAAAGAGGAGUCGAUGAACAUUUUGAAGGAAACCGAAGGGAAAGUGGAGAAGAUCACUGAAUUCUUGCUGACCAUUGAAGAACGCCUCAAGACACUGGAGGAGGAGAAGGAGGAAUUGAAGGAGUACCAGAAGUGGGACAAAGCGAGACGCACUCUUGAGUAUAUUAUACAUGAAACUGAGUUAAAGGAGAUGAAAAAGCAGUUGGAGGAACUCGAGCAUCAGCGCAAGACGUCCGGGGACAAGCAGAAGCAGUUGUUGCAGGAGGUGCAAAAGGCGCAGGAGAAAAUAAAGGGGAUCCAGAAGAAUCUCAAGGAGGCCAAGAAGGAAGUGAGUGUGGCAAAGGAGGACAGAUCUGUGCUGUCGGCGGAACAGCAGCAGCUGCUGAGGGAGAAGACAAAGCUGGAUCUCACAAUUCUGGACUUGACAGACGAAGUGCAGGGUGACAACAAGAGCAAGGAGCGCGCUGAGCAGGAACUCGAGAGGCUGAAGGUGACGAUUGCGGAGAAAGAGAAGGAGCUGGAUGACGUGAGGCCGCGCUAUGAGGCCAUGCGGAAGAAAGAGGAGGAGUAUUCCAGGGAGCUGGCGCUGAAGGAGCAGAAAAGAAAGGAGUUGUAUGCGAAGCAGGGUCGAGGAUCACAGUUCUCGUCUAGGGAUGAGCGUGACAAGUGGAUCCAGAAUGAGUUAAAGUCGCUGAACAAGCAGAUAAAGGACAAGAUAUCGCAUCAAAAUAAGCUGACUGAUGAUCUCAAGAGGGAUGCCACGAAGCAACAGGAGUUGGAGAAGAAGAUCGAAGAUCAGGGAUCGGAGGUGGAGAAGCUGAGGCUUCAGAUUGAUGAGCACAACAAGCAGUACUACGAACUGAAGAAGCAGAAGGAUCAGUAUCAAGCGACGAGGAAUGAAUUGUGGCGCAAGGAGACUCAAAUCACGCAGACGCUGUCUUCGCACAAAGAGGAGCUCGCCAAGGCGGAUCAGGCGUUGCGUUCAAUGGCCGGAAAACCAAUCCUCAACGGCCGGGACUCGGUGAGAAAGGUGCUGGAUAGCUUCGAGCAGCGCGGAGGAUCAUUUGCUGACAUCGCGAAGGCCUAUUAUGGUCCUGUGAUUGAGAACUUCAACUGCGACAAGACGAUCUACACAGCUGUGGAGGUGACAGCCGGAAAUCGUCUUUUUCACCACAUUGUAGAGUCGGAUCGCGUGGGCACGCAGAUACUGAAGGAGAUGAACAAGCAGAAGUUGCCUGGAGAGGUGACUUUUAUGCCUCUGAAUCGCUUGCAAGUGAAGAUUCACGACUAUCCUGACGAUCCGGAUUCCAUUCCAAUGAUCUCCAAGUUGAAGUAUGGGGAGAAGUAUGAUAAGGCACUGCGCUACAUUUUUGGGAAGAUCCUGAUUUGCCGUAAUCUCGAGAGGGCAACAGAAUUGGCCAAGAGCACCGGAUUGGACUGCGUCACACUCGAGGGUGAUCAGGUGUCGUCCAAGGGAUGUCUCACUGGAGGUUACUUCAACACUUCGCGCUCUCGGCUGGAGAUGCAGAAGAAGCGCAGUGAGUAUAUGGAAUUGAUCACGGAUCACGAGAAGGAACUUGCGUCGCUGCGUGAGCAUCUGAAGAAGACGGAGAAUAGUAUCAACACAGUCGUGUCAGAGAUGCAAAGAACCGAGACGAAGCAGGGAAAGUCUAAGGACAUCUUUGACAAGGUUCAGGCCGAUAUUCGGCUGAUGAAAGAGGAACUCACGCGCAUUGAGCGCUUCAGGAAUCCGAAGGAGCGCUCUCUGGCGCAGUGCAAGGCCAAUCUCGAGGCGAUGAAUAGCACAAAGGAGGGACUCGAGAGUGAGUUGCACCAGGAACUGAUGUCUCAGCUCUCGACUCAGGAUCAGCGCGAAGUGGAUCAGUUAAAUGACGAUAUUAGGCGUCUGAAUCAGGAGAACAAGGAGGCUUUCAGUGCUCGUAUGACAUUGGAGGUGACGAAGAACAAGUUGGAGAAUCUGCUUACGAACAAUCUGUUCAGAAGAAGGGAUGAGUUGGUGCAGGCUCUGCAAGAGAUUUCUGUGGAGGAUCGAAAGCGUCAACUCAACAAUUGUCGUAAUGAAUUAACGUCCACGGACAAAAGGAUCAAGAAGGUUAAUCAGGACCUUGAGGAUAUGGAUAAGAGAGUUCAGGAUGCAGUUAAGAUGCAGAAGUCUCUUCAGAAGGAACUCGAGACAUUCACUCUGGUAGAGAAGGAAGCCCAGGAGAAGAUCGAUGAUGAUUCUAAGCGUUUGGAGAAAUGGACGGCGAAGGAGAACCUCCUGCAUCAGAAGAUCGAGGAUGCCACGGAGAAGAUUGCCAGUUUGGGUGCUCUGCCCCAAGUGGAUCCAGCCUACUCUAGGAUGUCCCUGAAGAGCCUCUUCCGGGAACUCGAGAAGGCCAAUCAACAUCUGAAGAAGUACAAUCACGUGAACAAGAAGGCUCUGGAUCAGUUCUUGAGCUUUUCAGAGCAGAAGGAGAAGCUGUGCAAGCGCAAGGAGGAGUUGGACAUUGGAGAUUCGAAGAUCAGAGAAUUGAUGCAGACGCUGGAGAUGAGAAAAGUGGAGGCCAUUCAGUUUACAUUUAAGCAAGUGGCGCAGAACUUCACGAAGGUCUUCAAGAAGCUGGUGCCACAGGGAUCAGGGCAUCUCGUGCUGAAGACGAAAGACAGCGAGAGCGAGGAUAUUGAUCCGGGUGUGGCGACCUCUGAUGCUUUCACUGGGAUUGGGAUUCGUGUGUCCUUCACGGGUGCCGAUGCGGAGAUGCGAGAGAUGAAUCAAUUGUCCGGAGGACAGAAGUCUCUCGUGGCUUUGGCGCUGAUCUUCUCUAUUCAGAAGUGCGAUCCAGCACCAUUUUAUCUAUUCGACGAGAUUGAUCAGGCGUUGGAUGCUCAGCAUCGCAAGGCAGUUGCUGACAUGAUCCAUGAGCUGAGCAGCAAAGCCCAAUUUAUCACAACAACUUUCCGACCGGAACUGUUGGAAAAUGCCCACAAGUUUUAUGGUGUGAAGUUCCGGAACAAGGUGAGUCACAUUGAUUGCGUCCUGAAGGAAGAGGCACGAGAUUUUGUGGAGGAUGAUCAGACCCACGGCUAGAUUUAGUUUCUCUCAGUGUAGUAGUGUUUAGAGACAGAAAUAUGAAUUUGAACUCCAAUUGCUAUAAAGAAAAUUUUUCGUUUGUGUAAAAGCAAACUUCUUGUCUUGUUCAUUUGUCAAUCAUUUUUAUUAAAAUCAGCGUUUGUACA